UGAAUCCCAAUAAAACAAAAUUGAAUUCCCCACAGGUGAAAUCAGGUGAGCAAAGUGUUGCCUACUUUCCAAUGUUAUCAACUGCAUUAGGUGUUGUAGACAUUGAAGUUUCUGCUCAAUCCACCAUUGCGGCAGAUGGCGUACGCAGACAGAUAAUUGUCAAGGUAGGGCUCAUUAGUGACAUAGCUUCUUGUUUUUAGAAAUUUUAAUUUUUCAAUGAAUCACAAUUGCAAACUGCAAGCGCACCUGCUCUUUAUUGUAUUUAAUAAAGGUAAAAAAUGGAGAAGAUGGAAAAUAUGGAUGCCACAUAGUAGAAUUACCUGAUAAAGAUAUUGUUUACCUUGUUCUUUAUUUUUUUCAUUAGAAAAUAUAUAUAUAUAUAUUUUUUAUUGUUGAUUGCAUUCAAAAUUAUUUAUGAAUGUAUUAAUCUACAGCCUGAAGGUGCUCCAGUCAGCUACAAUUGCCCUGUGUUUGUUAACAUUGACAGCAAAUCUUCCCAGAAAUUUGAAAAGAGUGUUACAUUCACCCUUCCCCCGUCUGUUGUAGUUGGCUCAGAAAGAACCAGAGUGAAAGCUACUGGUAAAUAUUUAAUGUAUUUUAUUAGGCGGUAUAUAUAUAUAUAUAUAUAUAUAUUAUCAAUUUUUUAAAAAGCAUUUAUGUUAGCAUAGCAGUAAGUAGAAGUAAUACAUUUUAUUAGAGCACACAUUUCUUGAAUAUUUUCUCAGAUUGCUUUCAUUGCUGUAAUUUAUAGAAAUAACUUAAUUCUACAACUUACGUGUUAAAGGAAAUAAACUAAUCUGAUUUACUAAUGUUUAAUGCUUUUAAAAAGAAAAAAAGAAAAAUUCAAAAUUUGAGUUUGUUUUAAACAUGAAUUUAAUUAUUCUAACAUUGCAUACCUUCUUAUUCUUCUUCUCUAUAUAUAUAUUAAGGGCCCACGAUCAAUGUAUUGAUCAUUCUUGCUCCUAUUUACCUAUGUACAAUAAGAUGCUUAUCACUAGUUUGGGUCCAUAUUUUUUAAAGUUAUAUAAAAAUGUUAAAAAAUCGUGCCAGUUUGUAAUUAAAGCCAUUUUAAAAUUUUUAUACUCAUAAUAAAUGUUAGGCCAUUGAACGUCAUAUGAUAUCCAUAAAAGGUAAUCUGAUUGGUUCAAGUUUGAGCAGCUUGAUGUCACUCAUCACUCUUCCAACUGGUUGUGGUGAGCAGAGUCUUGCUAAGUUUGCCCCUGACCUUUACAUUGCCCAGUACCUCAAUGCCACAGGUCAACUGACAGAUGCUUUGAAAAGAAACAUCAUUGAUGUAUUAGAAGCAGGUGAGAUCAAAUCUAUUAUAAAUAGUGCAUAAAAAGUAGAAUACCAAAACAAUAAAAGCUUAUAUCUUUAAGGUUUUCACUGUUAUUCUUAAAAAGGCUGUUUGACUUAGUAUAAUUAUGAAAGGUCUUUUUUUGAAGCUUAAAUCAGAAUUUAAAUAUUCUUAUAAAUUACAGUAUUUAGCCAAGAUGACAGAAGGUGGCUAACACUCAUUCAUUGUUUUAAAAUAAAUUACUGCUGUUCACAUCAUCUAUGUUUAAACAAGCAAAUAACAUAAAUUGAAAAGCUCUUUAUGGCUCUUAUUUAUCCCAUCUACAUGCUGAACAGGUUAUCAAAGACAACUCACUUACCGAAGAUUCGAUGGUGGAUUCAGCCCCUUUGGCAACUAUGAUGAAACUGGCAGCACUUGGUAAGUGGUUUCAAAUGGAAUUUAUACUAUUUCCCAGAAUAUAGGAUAGGACUUUAUAUACACAAAUGAGGGCAUAAUGGUCAUAAUAGCAGUUGAUCUCAUGGACCCUGUUAAAAAUGUUGGGUUGAUAUAAUAGUAAAUGUUUGGUCUAAAUGGUUUUCAAACAAUUUUAGAUAACUAACUAAUGACAUGAGAUAACUCAGUUUAAGGGAUAAUAUGACAUUUAUUUUCAUGUUUUAUUUUGGUAAUCCAGAACUUCUUUCCAUGUAUUUACAGUAAAGAUUAUGUGUAAUUGACAUGACCUUUGUUGUUAACCUCUUGCAAUUCAAUUCCUUAUAAAUAUAGUAAAUAAAACAUGGCCUCCAUCAUUAAUUUAUGUAUAUUUUUUCCCUUUUAUUUAUUGUUUUAAAAAAAAUGUUAUCCUAAAAAUUGUAUUAUAUCAAUUGAAUAAUUUCAGGCUGACAGCUUUGACAUUCAGAAUACUCUCUGAAGCCAGUGAAUUCAUCUAUGUUGAUCCCCUAAUACUUUCUAAUUCUGUUAUGUGGAUCAUUGAUAGACAAAAUUUGGAGGGUUCUUUCAAUGAAUAUGGCAAAGUCUUGGACAAAAAUACCCAGGUAGCCUAUAGAUCAACCUUGUAAAUUUUGCUAGAUGUAACAUGCAAUUAUUUAUUGAAUAUCAGCCAUACCAAAUGCUUUCCAGUUUAUAAUUUAAAAGAUGUUUCUUAGUUUCAUUAGCCUCUAAAUAAUACAUUAUUUUUUUAAGGAAGGGUACAAAACAUUCUUUUUAGACAUGAUCAUCAUCUUCAUGUCUCUUCUUCUCCCUCCUCUUGUGGUGCCCUGCAAUAUUUCUUUGGCAAGCCCUUGUUUCCUUGUUACGUGGCCGUACCAUUGUAGUUUGCAUUUUUUCACAGUCGCCAGUAGGUCAUCGUGCUCCCCAAUUGCCUGGCGAACCCUUUCUUUCACUUUAUCAUUGGACAUAUGGUCCCUGUAGCAGAUGCUAAGAGUGCUUCUGAAGCAUCUCAUCUCCAUCGACUUUAUUUUCCUUUCAAGAUCUCCUGAUAUUAUCCAGGAUUCGCAGGCAUACAGGGAAUUGGAGAGGACUAAUGUUUGCAUCAGCCUGAUUUUGGUGCUUGGGGGUAUAUUUUUGUCAUUCCAUAUUUUCUUGAGCCUCUUUAGUGCUGUUGUAGUCUGCGCAAUCCUGGACAUUAGUUCGGGCUUGGAGUCUUCUUCUGAGACUAUUGCUCCUAGGUAUUUGAAGCUGCCUACAGUUUUUAGUCUUUCCUCCCUGACCUUAAUUUCAGUGGCAAUGCCUGUGGUGUUAUUUUUCAUUAGUUUUGACUUUUGGGCUCUGAUUAGCAUGCCGUAGGACAACAAGGUUUUGUCGAAAUGUUUUACCAGGUUGGCUAGCUCUUCUUCGUUCCCAGCCAGUCCGUCUUUGUUGUCCGCAAAGUGUAAGUUGUUGAUUGUUCUGCCACCAAUGUUGACUGUCCCUUCAUGUGCUUCUGGACAAGUAGUCUUCAAAAUAAAUAACUAUUAGUUCUACUCAGCAUACAUAUUUUAUCCUGCAGGGAACAGGCACAGGACCUGCCUUGACGGCCUUUGCUUUGUUGAGUCUGUUGGAUGCUGAGAACUAUGUGGAGAAGGAGGUGAUUAUCUUAUUUGUGUCCUAAUUCAAGUUUUUAACAUUUCUUGAUCAUUCAAAACAUAUAAAGAUAUUUUCCUACCAUUUUUUAUUAUGCAGUGCUUUAGCAAAGUUUACAAAAAUUUAUCAAAGGGCUGACAUAAAAAAAAAAAUUAAUACCACGUAUAACAUAAUAUUACAAUGUCUCUAACAUUUAAAAGUACCAUAAUUUAUUGUAAUUCUCUUGUUAUUGAAAACAUAUUUCAUUGCAAUGCAAGGCAUGUCUGAAGGAGGGAGGUUCCAGAUGUAACUACUAUGAACGUUGGGGAAAUGCCACUGAAAAAGCAAGGACUAAUCUGGAAAAUUUGGUGGCCAGUAAUGCUGUUGGGGAUCAGUUUCCUCUGGCCUUAGUCAGCUAUGCACUAAGCAAGGCAAAAAGUCCUGCAUCCAACACGGCUUUAGAGAAACUUCUUACAUUUUCCCAAAGUGGAGGUAGGAAGAAUAUUGUUGAAGGUUUAAGCCUACUCCGCAAAAUUAAAACUAAGAUUUCUUUCAAUGAUAAGUUUAUAUCAAAGAAUGUGUAAUGAACUAUAAAAAAAAAAGUAAAUCUCUUUUAGGUAAAUAAAAUUAAAUGCACUUACAUUUCUAUAAAUGCAGUGUUUAAUGACAAGAUCACAUAAGUAUUUAAGUACAAAAAAUUAAUAUCUUUCAAGAAAUAUAAUAGACAUAUGCAACAAUUUAAGAAUGAGUAAGACAUGAAAAGAAAUUAGGCAGAAAAUGGCCAAUGAAAGGAAAAAUAUUUUUAAAAAAAAUAUGUAAGGCUAGAUUAAUUAUACUUUGUAUGCCUUUAUCUUUAUUAAACUGAACAGCAGUUUUAAUGCUAUUUACUAUCCAAAAGAAACAUUAAUAUCAAUGCAUGUUUAAUGAUUAAUUUGCCCUUUUAUCCAUAGGUGGUCUUUUACACUGGGAGGCAAAUGACACAACUGUUGAACCUAUGCAAUCCCACUACUUCAAAUGGCGUCCACCCCGAAUCCAGGCUAGACCCAUUGACAUUUUGAUUACAUCAUAUGCUAUUUUAACAUAUACUCAAUUGGGUCGCAUUGACGAGGCCCUUCCAGCUGUCAGGUGGCUGACAACACAAAGAAAUGCUCAAGGUGGUUUCUCAUCUUCUCAGGUGAGCCUUAUAAAACUUAAUGAAGGAAUUUUUAUAUCCCUAAGACAGUGCAUUAUGAAAUUAUUAAAAAAAAAACAACACAUAAAAGCAAUCAAUAUUUUUAUUUAUCGAAAAAUGUCAGGUUGAUAUUAUUGUCACGGGUAUUUUGUAUUUUCCCAUAAAUAGGACACAGUAGUGGGACUUCAAGCCCUCUCAGCCUUUGCUGCUAAGUCGUUACAACCUGGAACUGAUCUUAACAUUGUUGUAGCAACUCCCACCCCCUUGGCUACCUUUUCUGUAACAAGAGAAAAUGCUUUAUCUUUGCAAAUAAAAGAGGUAUUUAUUGAUAAUAAUAAGCAUGUUACCCCUCUAACAAAGGAUGUGUAUUAAAAACUAUUAAAAUUUAAUUUGAAAAAAAUCAAUGAUGUACUGUAUGGCAACAAGGUUUUACCCUGGAUUGUCAUAAAUUACGUAUUAAAAUAUAAUUUAAAAAUGCAGAUGAAACUGGUAAACUUGUUUACCAAGAAAGAAAGAAUUUUAGAGUAAUAAAGUUGACAACUUUACAAGUAUGAAAGAUUGUUUUGGGAAAACUAACAUUUUUUAGUUAUCUGCAUAUGAAAUUAACAGUUGCAUUCUACACUAAUAACUGUAAAAUAAUGUUAUGCGAAUUUUUUGAAAGAUAUAAAAUUCUUAAAUUAUUGUUGAAAUAUUAAAUAGGAUAACUUAUAUUAUUUGCAUAGUUUCAGUCUCUUAUUUCUGUGACAAACUAAUUAGCCAUAAUUAGUCUUAUUUGCAGGGGUUUUGUUUGAUGAAUUUAUGUCUUAGAAACAACUAUAAAAGCAGUCAAUGUUUUUCAUUAAGCUGUUUAACUUAUGCAUCUACCAAUGCAAUAUCAGCUUCUACAUUUAUGUAUUAAAAUUUUAAAAAAGGCCUAAUUUUUUUUCCCUCAGUUAUUAUCAUUUAUGUUUUUCUCACUUAUUACAGCUCUCUGAAGCCCCACAGGAGUUAUCAAUCAGUGCGUCAGGAACUGGAUUUGCUCUUGUUGAUGUAAGAAUCAAUGUUCAAUAAACUUAGAUUGUACAGUAAAUUACCCGGUAUAACAUUCAUCUUAUUAAACUUUAUAACAUGAAUAGCACAGUGGAUCUCAACCUAUGGGUCGCAAAACGCUCAGGAGUUGCCUGCUAAUAUGACAGGAGUCAAAUGAAAACCUCAGUGAUGUUUUAUUUAAUGAUGUGCAUUUUUGGUCUCAAUUUUAACACCAUCAUUAUUUUUAAUAUACAUUAAUUAUUAAUUAUUAUUAAUUAUUAAAUAAUUUUAAUUUAAAUAUUACUUUUGUUGCAGUGAUCAGGCUAAGUAUGUAGUGUCACCAGACCAUGACAAAAACAAAGUUAAUAAAAACGUUUAUAAAUACUGUAGAUAUAAGCAGCUAAAUUAAUUAAAAAUUUAGAAUAUUCCUGUUCGUUUUUAUCAAUUACAUUUUAAAUAAUUCUGAUGUUUUUUUGUUUUGAUUUUACUUUCCUUUUUACUGUUUCUGCCUAAACUUAUAGUUGGUAGUUAACAUUUUGUCAUUUUUUUAUUGUUCCUUUCAGGCUGCAAUAAACAUUUUAAAGUGAAACUUUCAUUCGUUUGAAAAUUAUACUUGAAUAAUGAAAAAAAAAUAAUUCCAGUGAAGUAUAAAACUAUAAAUGAAAAAUUAUUGAUGCUUAAAUAACUGUCAUUUCACCCCCACCCCCUUUUUUCCGUUUGCUUCCCAACACAUAUUCCUCAAUGUCUAAGAAUUAUCCUGGUUUUUGGUUGCACAAUUUGGAAAAUGUUACCAAGGGAUAGCAUCACUAGAAAUUUGAGAACCACUUAUGUGGCAUUUGAACAUAGUGUGUACCUAAUCUCUGUCUUAAAAUCAUAAAUUGAGAUGAUAAUGAUACAAAUUAUUUAUAUUAAGCUGUGGCUCUUCACUAAAAAAACAGUGAUUUUCAUACCUUAAAUGGUAAAUAUUACCAAACCCUUUACUAAUCUCUUACUGACAAAGUGAUGCGAACAAAAAAAUGGUAGUUAAAACAAUUAGAUGUUUUUUAAAAUAAUAUGAACCGACGUCAUAAGGAGAGACAAUUAUUUUUGAAAAAACAAAAUUUUUUUGUAUGUAUAUGUUUGUGGCCUCACUAUAUGAUGUUGAUAUGAUAUUAUAUGUAUAGACCUUCAACAUCAAAACUUUCAUCUUUGAGUUAUUGAAAAGUUGUUUACUCUUUAAGGUUAUUGUUGCAGGUUGAUUACAGUUUCAAUGUAGCAUCUGAAGUUACCACACCUUCCUUCGAUGUCAGCACAGUUCUCUUGGAUGAUGGGAUUAACUCUUUCAAUUUGAUGAUUUGUACAAAGUAAGUGAACAAAAAAAAGGUCGUCCCCCCCCCCUUGCAUCACCUCAGAAAUGUUAGCUACCAUACAGUCUCUCAUAUAGAGCAUACCAGUGGAAAAGUCACAGCCUCAGUUUCAGGUUUCUGAAGUGGGAAAGUGACUCACAGAUAUGUAGCACCCUUCAUUUUGGUAGUCACAAGGAGCUUUUUUAACGUAAAUAUAAAAAAUACUUAAUUUGUUAAACAGGCAUCACAAAAAUGUUUCCAUUAUGAACUUGAAAACUGAAGAGUAAUUGUAAUAAACUACAUGAUCUUUAACAAAAACCCCACAAAGAACAUAUUGCCCUCUGCUCUUGUGUAGUGUAAGCAAGAGAGGAAACAAUUAUCAAACUUUUUAUAUAAAUAACUACAAACUUAACAAUAACUGUAUGCAAAAUCAAAGUCGAUUGAAUAUGCUGCACCCCUAAUUUUUAUGAAAUUUGUUAAAUUAAAAAGUGUGACCUAUACUCAUAUAGACAGUAUCAACUUUUUCCAUUUCAAUGUUUUGAGAAUUGCCCGUAUUUUUUUGUCGUGUAUCAUACCAUGCUGGAUCUUCUAAUUUUAUCAAUGACAUUGUUUCCUACUAUUAAGAAACCAGUUAGUUACUGUUGUCACAAAGAAAUUCUUAAACAAUUCUUUACUAUUUCAUUACUGCACAUGAAUGUUUCACAAUAAGUAUAACUUAAACCGUAGGACCUUUAUUUAUUAUAAAAAUACCCACUUUAGGUUAAUAUCUUUUAGAGCUCAUCUUUACUUUGAGGUUAAAUACAAUUAUUUGUCACUCUCAGAUGGUUGUUGAAAAAAGAAACAGGUAUGGUUGUACAGGAGAUCAGCAUUCCCUCUGGAUUCCAACCAGAUCUCUCUACACUUGGUAAUGUGGCUGGUGUGAGGAGGUCUGAGAGGAAGGGAGGAGUUGUAGCCAUCUAUUUUGAUAAGGUUUGUUUUUAUAAUAUAUGUUUUGUUUCCAUAUAAUUUUUCUUUUUAACAUUAAUGCUUUUUUUGUUUUGUGAAGAUGGUAUCAGGCAUCAUAUAUUUCCUGUUUGUUAGCCAAAAAAAAAAAAUUAGCACAACUUUACAUAAUUUAAAAUAACAUAUAGGGCCUAGAAUCCCCAUUUUUUGAAGAAUAGUAAAAAAAAUAUUUUCUCGAAUUUAAAAAUAAAGAGAGUAAAUUUACAUUAUAAAUUUAAAAUUAAGGUCAACAUUUAUUUUUCAACUUGAUUUCUCUAGAAAUUGGUCAAGUUAAAAAAAGUGUCUCUUGUUUUUUAAUAAAAAAAAUAGAUUGGCGGGUCAUCAUUAUGCUACAGUUUGAGAAUGGUUCGUGAAUCCAAAGUGGCCAAGUCACAAAGCUCUUAUGUCAAAACAUUUUCAUACUAUUCUCCAGGUAAAUUUUUAAAUUAUUAAUUAUAGCCUACUUUCAAUGAUUUUAUCAAAUAUGCUAACUUUUAGUAGAUUACAAUACAAAACUUUGCUAGUCUGUAUCACAGUUGUACAGUGUUAUUUCAAUCAGUAAAUAACAGCCUAUUAAUCCCAAAUAGACAUUUUGAUGUUAUAUUUACAAACUACUUUAUUAAGUGGAAAAAUAUGUGCUUAGGCCUGAAAAAAAAGACAGGACAAUAAAAUAGAAUGUUUUUGGCUAGAUGCCUUCUUCAACAGACAAUACAAAACAAGAAGCAACAUAUACUUCAAGUCAAAGAUGGAAAUAAAAACUUUUGAAAAUCUGAAUAAUGUCAAUGUAGCUCAGUGUUCAGAUGAGGAAGUCAAACUUCGAGCUAUAAAACAUCACUGAGAUCAUUUAUUAAGUCACUUCUGCUCAAAUCACAAUGUAGCAUGGAAAUAGUUAUGUUAAUAUUUAAAGCAUUUCCUUUGAUUGCUCAAAUUUUCUUCUAGAUAAAUUAUUGAUUCAAAAUAUUCCUCUAGGAGACUCCUAAAGGAAUUGCAGUUAAUCCAAAAGCUUAUAUUUAGUGAUGGAAUGAUUUAAACUAUUUUCUCCAGCAUAAUUAUAUGUCUACUAUUCUUUUAAAAUAGAUGACCAGAGCACUGUCUUCUACCUACCAAAAGCACUCCGGGAUUCAAACAUCUGUGAUGUAUGCGUUGGGUGUUGCCCAUGGCUUCUGCAAUGA